AUGACGGCGUCCUGGGCCCGAGAGCGCCGCCUCGACGCUCGCGCCGCGCUUAAGCCCCAGCCGAAGCUCAGGACCGCGUGCAAGUCCCUUGCCGUCCGUCCCAGUCGCUGCCUCCAGCCGCUCACCGGCGCGUCCGUUGCGCUGUGCAGCGCGGCCCCGCGCGUCGCCGCCUUGCCGCAUGUCCUAGCGGCCAUCUCGGCCUACCUGGACUACUCGCCGCGCUUCUCCGUGCCGAUUGCAUGCUCCCGAGCCGUCCGCGGCCCCGCCAAGCUGCAUCUCCUGGAGCGCCUCUGGGCGGCGCAGUGCGCCGUGGAACUCACGCCUCGCGCGCAGCCGCCGCGCGACGACGCGGACGAUUUGCUCUAUCGCCAGUGGGCGUUCGCCCGCGGGACGGCCAACGCUGCGGCCCGCGGGGAUCUCCGCGUGGUGCAGUGGCUAUGUGAGGUGUACUACCCGCAGGGCCGCGUCACGGACGCCGUGGAGAGCGCGGCCCGCGCCGGUCACGUACACAUCCUGCAGUGGUUGUACGAACACCACGCGAGGGUCUUCUGGGGCGCCAACGAGAUGCGCGCGGCCGCGCAGUUCGACCGCGUGGCCGUCGUCAAGUGGCUGUACGCGCACACGGCGCCGCCGUUUGUGGGCAUGAACGCUAUUGAGCUGGCCGCGCGCAACGGCAACUUGCAGCUGGUCAAGUGGCUGCACAAGGUGCGCGGCCAGUGGUCGGGCUACGGCGCCGGCGAGGCAGCGGCACAGGGACAUCUGGACGUGUUCAAGUACAUGAUCAAGGGCCACUCGGUGCUCAGGGAGAGCGCGCUCAACGCGGCGGCGGCAAACGGUCAUCUCGAGGCCGUCAAGAAGCUGGCAAGAUGCCAGCCCUCGCUGGUCACGACGCGCACCACCACGGCGGCGGCCGAGAACGGCCAGCUGCAUGUGGCCAAGUGGCUCCACGGCAAGAAGUUCGACGGCAAGUUCGUGCUCUGGACCACGGCAGCAAUGGACAAGGCGGCGGCCAAUGGCCACUUGGAGAUGGUCAAGUGGCUGCACCAGAACAGGUUUCAGGAGUCGUGGAAGGCCUGCACACGUGAAGCCAUGGACGGCGCCGCCCGCAACGGACACUUGCAGGUGCUGCAAUGGCUGCACAAGCACCGUCACGAGGGCUGCACCACGCGCGCGAUGGACGGAGCUGCCGCCAAUGGCCACCUCAAGAUCGUGCAAUGGCUACACGAGAACCGCAGCGAAGGCUGCACGCAGGACACAAUGAACGCGGCGGCGGCCAAUAACCAGGUGUCAAUCCUGCGUUGGCUGCACCGCAACCGAAGAGAAGGAUGCGGUACUGCCGCCAUGGAUGAAGCUGCCGGUGCCGGCCACUUGCAAGUGGUGAAGUGGCUCCACUCGCACAGACGAGAGGGAUGCACGUCGAACGCCAUGGAUAAGGCGGCCGCCAACGGUCACUUAGAAGUGGUCAAGUGGUUGCAGACUAACCGGGAAGAGGGAUGCACGACGCAAGCCAUGGAUCAAGCCGCUGCUGGAGGACACCUGGACACGAUCAAGUGGCUUCAGGCCAACAGGUUCGAAGGUUGCACGUCGGGUGCUAUGGACAACGCUGCAGCAGGAGGAUGUCUUGAGACAGUGCGCUGGCUGCAUCUACACAGAAUCGAAGGCUGCACGACUCGUGCAAUGGACGAGGCCGCUGGUGGUGGCCAUUUUGAAGUGCUGCUCUUCCUGCUGGCGAACCGGACGGAAGGAUGCACGUGGCGAGCGGCGGAGAACGCAACGCGCUCGGGCCACCUGGAGAUUGUGCAGUGGCUUUACGCCCACUAUCCCGACCAGUUUGAUCGAAACCGCGUGAUUGCAGCCACCGACCGAGACGACUUUUAUAUGAUGGAGUGGCUGCACAGCCUCGGGAUAUGGCACGCGGCGUAA